CCGGCCGGAAGCGGGGGGCCGGGCCCGGUGGAGCCUGGCAGAUGGCGGCGAACCUGAGCAGGAACGGGCCGGCGCUGCAGGCCGCCUACCAGGAUGUGCUCAACGACAAGACGGGCACCGACUGGGCACUGUUUACAUAUGAGGGCAACAGCAAUGACCUGCGGGUGGCAGGAACUGGAGAUGGAGGUCUGGAGGAAAUGGUGGAAGAGCUGAGCAGUGGGAAAGUGAUGUACGCUUUCUGCCGAGUGAAAGACCCCAAUUCAGGGUUGCCCAAGUGUGUGUUGAUUAACUGGACUGGCGAAGGAGUGAAGGAUGCCAGGAAAGGGCUGUGUGCCAAUCAUGUCAGCACUAUGGGCAACUUUCUGAAGGGAGCUCACGUUACCAUCAAUGCCCGAGCUGAUGAGGAUGUGGAGCUAGACGAGAUCAUUGGGAAGGUUGCCAAAGCCUCCGGUGCCAACUACAACUUCCACAAGGAGAGCUCCCGCUACCAAGAUACCACCCCGCAGGGACCUGUGGGGUCAGUUUAUAAGAAGACAAACGCAAUGUCAGAAAUCCGAAACGUGAACAAGGAGGGUUUCUGGGCACAAACGGAGAAAGAUGAGGCGAAGCGAAGGGAAGAAGACAAGAAGAGGAGGACACAAGAACAUGAAGGCUUGGAGCAGGAGCGGAAGGCGAGGGAGCGGCAAGAAUCUGACUCGAGGGAGCAGCAAUAUAGAGAUAAGUCAAGUCAGAUUGACCAGCAGAAGCAGUUCCAGAAGAAACAAGACUCUGUAAGCAGGGAGAAUGAGAAACAGCGUUGGAAUGAACAAGAGCAGGAAUAUCAAACAGAGAUGCGCAAGGGCUUCAAGAGAAGCCAGUCCAUUGAGAAGGCAUCGGAGGCAGCUUCCAUCAUCGCCCAGAGAUCAAUGAACCCCAAGGAGCUGUUCAAGGACCGUGAGCGUGGCAAGUUGGCAGACCCGUCUUUGUUCAAUGCGAGCACACAGCCAGGCAAGUUGAAGAGCCCUUUCCUGCAGUCCCGGAGCCAGCAGCUAGAAUCCCCUCCCUCGCCUGUCCGCUCAUCAGCCCAGCCACAGUCCCCAGAGAUGCAGCCCUCAGCAGAGGCGCAGAGUGAAACCGAGAGGGUAGAAGCAGAGCCCAAGGAGGAGCCGCAGACUGACUGGAACGGUAAGUCAGCAGCACCAGCACCAGCACCAGCACCAGCACCAGCACCAGCACCAGCACCAGCACCAGCGGAGCAAGCUCAGAGUGAAGAAGGUUACAGCUGGCAGUUCCACCACUCAGACACAGUGGAGCAUGAGGACAUCUACCAGGAUGCGGAGGGUAACGCAGAGGAGCAGCAGAAGUCGGAGCCAGUCGCCGCGUCUGUCCCUCAGGUCACGACGGAGCAGGCUGCCCCUGACGAGCAGAACAUUUAUGAGGCAACAGAGACCCCGGUGCCGGGGCUGUGUGCCAGGGCACUAUACGACUAUCAAGCUGCUGACAGCACAGAGAUCUCCUUCGACCCGGACGACAUCAUCUCGGACAUUGAGCAGAUAGAUGAAGGCUGGUGGCGGGGCUACGCUGCGGACGGCACCUUCGGCAUGUUCCCAGCCAACUACGUGGAGCUGCUGACCGGGUAGUGUCCGGCCCUGACCUGCUGUACGCCCACCCGCCCGCCCGCUCUGGCCCAACGCUGACCACUCGCCAACGCUACACUGUGCCUACAGCUCUCGUCCUCUCACCCUCCCGGUGUCUUGGUGAUCGGCACGGCUAGGGGUGGUGGUGUCUGCUCUCUAACUGGGGGGGGGGGGGAACGGUCUCUGCUCUCAGUCACACGGUGGGGGGAGGGGAGAGGGCUGGAGAAGUUUCAGCCAUCCCUCACCCUCCAGUACACUUGGUGUUUUCCCCCAAACAUUCCAUCCAUCACACAUUCCACCCCCUCACUGCCUAGCGAUCAGGCCAGGACGUUGUCCGAUCCCGGAGAGCCCCUGCCUGGUGGUACCACACUGGGGGCUGUGUGUCCACCUCCGGCCUGCUUCCCCCCCCCCCCCCCCCCCCCCCCCCCCCCCCCCCCCCAG